GUGAACUUUCCCCUUCCUCGAGGCUGCCAUCAAGGAUAGGUAUUGAGCAAAUAUGGCUACGAUCUCUGAGUUAGUUGCAACCAUGGGAAAAGCCGGCCCCAGCCAACGUUCCAAUCUCUCCACGAGCGGAUGCCGCCUCCGUGGUGGGCUGGUCAAGUAAAUCACAAAUAAAUGGUUCUAUUGAACAUAUCCGUCAUGGAAUCCUACUGUAACUAUGGCUGGCUGGGUGGAAAAUCGUAUAGCUAGAUGCCGACGAGACAAAUACGUUUAGUGAGACCCACAAAAUUAUUAAAACUGAUAUACUAGAGGAGGCUACAAGCACUACCAAGAAACUAAACCUAAAUAACCUUAUUAGGUAGAUGAUUGUCGAGACUGAUGCAUGAAACCCAUCCAAACGAGAUACUACAUUUGAUCCAUCCGCUGUUGUAUUUCCAGCAGAAACAAUAGAGUCAGCUGACAGUGUUUUUAAGCAGCGGGUUUGUCGACCUUGUCACCAAAUUCAUCAAGGUAGACCCAUUCUCCAGUCUUUUCAUCGACAAACUCGGUCCACUCUUCAUUCUGGGGGAUCAAUCCUUCGUAUUUCGCGGCGUCGUUUUGGGCCCAGGUUUCCUUUCCGACAAUGUCCGUGACUUGGUGUCCUUGUUCGGCCAAGAUCUCUUCGCAUUCCUUUCCGGGGAACAACUCCAAGUGCUCGGUCUCGACAAUGAGAGGAGGCUCUUGGAACUGAUGCAGCGGUGGAGGAGACGAAAGAGUAAACUCCAACGAGUUGGCAAUCAAAGGGAUUACCACAUUUUCACCGGGCGUCAUGUCCGCCAUUCGAACCGCCGUCGAGCUGAUGGAGCGAGUGGCGACACUUCGUACUACCGAAGCAGCGGACCGACGUGCGACAAGAGAGAGCAUCUUGAUGAGAGUGUUGUUUCAAGGAGUAGUAAAGGGCAAGCGUAAUACUGAGGAGACCUCUUGUUAGAUCAUCGGCAUUUGCACGGUGACGAUCCAAAAAGUGGAUUUGCUGUAGGUCCGUCAUCGUGAGGUCUUCGCAUCGAGUGCGCGCAGGCCAUUGACUAUUGAGUGACUGAUUAUCCGUGAAUGAAUGUCAAUCCCUCUUGGAUCGGAUCUUUGGAGGAAGCAUCGCUGAUCGCUCGAAAGAUCCUCUUCUCAUCCAGAAAGCGAGAACACAAUAAAUUUCUCACAAGUUUGCAUCUUCAUCUCACAUCUGACUUUUAUCUAUCCAUCAAGAUAGCCGGCCCUCCUAAUCUGCAACACAUCCUCUCCAUAGUCCCAUCUAACCCAUAGUAACGCCUUUCAAGAUAGCCAGCCACCUGCUUUUAAAAGAUAUCGACCAUCGCCACCAUGUCAUCUACCCCAAAGGCAAAGAGGCCCAAGCCCAACGGCGACGAUGACGAGAUUAUGGCGUCUCCUGCCAUGAAACGUUUCAUUGAAGACCAAAAGUUUCUGUCAUCGCAAUCCAUUCCAACGGCGCUGACACCCAAGAUUAUGGAGACACCCAAACUGCCCGACAGCAAACGCAUGAAGAUUCUGGUGACGGGAGGCGCUGGAUUCGUGGGCAGUCACUUGGUGGACAAACUCAUGAUGCAGGGUCACGAAGUGAUUGUCUUGGACAAUUUCUUUACCGGGCAGAAGAAGAACAUCGAGCAUUGGAUGCAUCAUCCCAGUUUCAGUUUGGUCCGACACGAUGUCACACUGCCCAUUCUGCUAGAAGUCGAUCAGAUUUAUCACUUGGCAUGUCCGGCAUCGCCUCCGCAUUAUCAGUACAAUCCGGUCAAAACCAUCAAGACGUCCACGCUAGGAACCUGCAACAUGUUGGGAUUGGCCAAGCGAGUUCACGCGCGAAUCUUGCUGGCAUCUACUUCGGAAGUAUAUGGAGAUCCCUUGGUACAUCCCCAACCCGAAAGUUACUGGGGAAAUGUCAACACGCUCGGUCCCAGAUCCUGUUAUGACGAAGGCAAACGUGUGGCAGAGACCAUGAUGUACGCCUACAAGAAUCAAAACAAUGUCUCGACUCGAAUUGCGCGCAUCUUCAACACAUUUGGUCCUCGUAUGCAUCCCAACGAUGGACGUGUUGUGAGCAAUUUCAUUAUUCAGGCAUUGCAAAAUAAAGAUAUCACCAUUUACGGAGAUGGAUCCUACACCCGUUCCUUUCAGUACGUGAGUGAUCUCGUCGAAGGACUCGUCAAACUCAUGAACUCGGAAUACGAUGCUCCCUGCAACAUUGGUAACCCGGACGAGUACUCGAUCAAGGCGUUUGCCGAAACGGUCAAGGAAAUGACCAAGUCAAAGUCCAAAAUCACCUAUCUGCCCAAAGUCAAGGAUGACCCCACGCAACGACAAGCCGACAUUACCACUGCCAAGCGAGAGCUCGACUGGGAACCCAAGGUGCAUGUCAAGGAAGGUUUGCGAAAAACCAUUGAUUUCUUCCAAGCCAUGCUCGAUGUCGAAGGGGAAAUUGAACCCACCGGUCCCGAUGCCGCCAAACCAAAGGGCAAGUGAGUACUACCGUAGUACGCAAGAAAGGCCCAAGCCAAAAGAAGCCACCGAAGGUCACGGCACAGACACGAUUGUGGUGUGAGGAAAAUUGGCAAAACGAGCAGGAUUGGUAGCGUAAUAACUAAUCCAGAUAUAUUAUACUGAGUGCUUAUUAGAAUUACAAUGCCGUGCUACUCGUAGUAUCUUUCCGCU